UCAGGAAGUGAAAACAUGGCCAGUUUUGAAUGCUGGAAGUGCUCGAGGAGUUUGAAACACCCUUCAGCGGGAUUUGCGUGAGACAGGAGGCGGGGAGCUGACGCGCGCGGCCGCCGACAUGCGUUUCCACCUCGUGCUCGCGGCCGUCCUGUGGGCCGGCUGCGCGGACGCGCGGAAAGUGCGGGGGAUAUCUUCGUCCUAUAAAAGGUUCUACAGGGAGAGGAAGUCCUUUCUGUGCAUCGACGGGUCGAAAAUCAUCCCCUUCGAGCAGGUGAACGACGACUACUGCGACUGCGAGGAUGGCUCUGAUGAACCAGGCACCUCCGCCUGUCCUCGAGGCCGCUUCUACUGCACCAACCUGGGAUUUCGCCCGCACUACAUCCCAUCGUCACGAGUCAACGACGGCAUCUGUGACUGCUGCGACGCUUCGGACGAGUACAACAGCCACGCUCACUGCCAGAACACUUGCUGGAAUCUGGGACAGAGGGAGAGAGCGUACGUGGAGGGCCAGAUGAGGACUCUGGACGAGGGUUUGCGGCUCAAGCAGCAGCUGAUUGAGGAGGGAGUGCUGCUCUGGAGGGAGAAACAGGCUCAGCUCAGAGAGCUUCAGCAGGCGGCCGAAGACCUGCAGAUCAAAUUGGAAGAGCACAGGCGGAAGAAGCACGAGGCCGAGCGGCUCAAGGAGCAGACGCUGAAAGCACUGGAAGCAGGGGACGGCGGUGUCAGACACCAGAACAAUUCAGUAACCGGCGUUUUCCAGUUACUGGACAGCAAUAAAGAUGGCAGGUUAACAGUGGAUGAAGUCCGGGCUAAAGUGGUGCUCGUCCAUGAUGAGGAGCGACUUCUCUCCGAAGAUGAAGCAGUGGGUUUGUUGGGAGAAGGCCAUCAAAUGGAUCUCGCCAAGUUUCGACACACACUCUGGGACGCCCUGACGAGAGGAGACAGCGUCAAGAUCAAAGACGCACUGAGUGCAGCAGGCAGUCUUGUGGGUGAAGAUCCGCACUUAAAGGCAGCUGACAGAGCUGCGGAGUGGGAGGCGACCAAUCUGAAGAAGGUAGAAGAAGCCUAUGAAACCAUCAACAUGGAGAUUAGCGAUCUGCGGAAGAAGCUGGCCAUCGACUACGGAACCGACUGGGAGUUUCUGUUUUUAAACAGCCAGUGUUACAAGCUGAAAGUCUACGAGUACACUUAUACCUUGUGCCCGUUCAAUCAAGUCACACAGAAGAGCACUGCAGGAACAGAGGUUUCAUUAGGGUUGUGGGGGAUGUGGGCGGGAACGCCAAAGAACCCGUACAAUCAGAUGGUGUAUGAAAACGGAGAACCCUGCUGGCAAGGAGGCUCGCGCAGUACGACGGUCACUCUGACAUGCGGAACGGAGACAGCCUUGCGAUCGGUGAAGGAGCCCAGCAAAUGCCAGUACAUCAUGGACUUCCAGACUCCCGUGGCCUGUCAGCCGGUGCUAAAGCAGCGCGGUAUACACAGUGAACUGUGACCCCCCCCCCGCUCCGCCCCGUAGCCUAGAAUAACUUGAACCCCACCCUUCCCCUGGCGAGCCCGCGGUGACAGGUUGGGGUCCUGAGGGUCCUCGCUGACAUCUGUGUUGUCAGAACAUAUAUACUUCCAAGUGAGUCUGGCUAAGGUCAGAAGUGAGCCUCACCAACAUUGUUCAUGGACUUCCUGACUUUCCAUCCAUUGUUACUGAGCAUCUCUUGAACGAGCACAAGUAUUACCAACGUAUUCCUUAGAAGUGCUUUACAACCUGUGACACUUAGGACGGUGUAGAAUUGAAUGAAUGGUUUCCACCACUGUGCUUCGUGGUCGCUACGGCUUUGCUGGUUUUCGUGAGAAAAUACCGGUAAGAACUGCAUGUGUUGCCAAAUUGUGAUUUUAGUUUAGCAUGGCGCUCCAUUUCUCAACAGAUAUGGCGAAUAGUGAACCGGCGAGCCCCGGCAGGAAGAGAUUAGCUUCAGCGGCGGCUCGUUCAGCUCCGUCUGGUCCUGUCAGAGGAUCGACGGCAGGUUGUUACACAAACUCAAACUCAAAGCAAAAUAUCAGAGGAAAGAAUGAUCACCAUUAUAUUAUCUAAAAUAAAAAAAAAAGUUUUUCUAUAAAGCGUAUCUAUACAGGUGUUUGUGUCCAUGUCUAAGAUUGCUGAUAGCUCGCAGCAAAUGCUUCCACUUAAGAAACAAUCUCUCAUCUUUUCUUUAACGCCGGACUCAGACGGUUGGCAGGAAGCCAAUAAGUGUUGAGACGUAAAGCAAUAUUACCUUUUAUUUGGAGUCACUUUUUUUUUUAAACCGCCUGAUGAUUCAAAAUCCAGUAUGUUUCUGCCCGAAAGAAACUUUUUAAUGGCUUUAGCAGGAAAAAAACAAAAUGUUUUCUGACGUUUGUUAUGUUGGUUAUGGUCUGUUUGAAAGGUGCAAUAAAGCUACAGGAGAGGCCACUGUCGCAUCAAAUAAUCCAGUGUUGAGCUACAGUUUGAGCCGUUUUAUGUCUGAGCAUCAUUGACGUUGUGCUUUUAGCUCAGCACUGGAUGUCACUGCAGCGGACUCCGUUUGACCAAAAGGUUUGUAAAUCCACGACUGAGAUGAAGAGAUCAAGUACCAGCAGAUGUAUUAUUUCACUUUUCUAAAAAAAAAAAAAAAAGCUUCAGUGUGCAGCUGUUUUUUGGAAAGUAUGCAACAUCUUUUAUGAAUUAAAUGUAUAUUUGUGACAAC